AUGCCAGGUGCUUCGCUUCGGAAUAUCAUCGUCGUGGGCGGCUCCUUCGUGGGACGGUCAACGGCUCAGGAGCUCGCAAAGAUCAUUCCACCAACGCACAGGAUCCUCCUGACAGAGCCUCACAGCCACUUCCAUCAUCUCUUCACAUUUCCUCGGUUCGCCAUUGUUCCUGGCCAAGAACACAAAGCAUUCAUUCCAUACAGUGGACUCUUCUCAAACGCAACGAACCCAGCUGCUCAUGCCGUGGUGCAAGCGCGUGUCACAUCCAUCCGACCCGAGCACAUCGAACUUGAUCGUGAAUGGCAAGGCUCAAAGCAGAUUCCAUUCGAUUAUGUAGUCGUUGCAACUGGAACCCAGCUCUCAAAACCCGCUGCCAUGGAGCACGACGACAAGCCAUCAUCUGUCAAGUAUUUGCAAAACCACCAAGCCGACGUCAAGCGAUCACGAUCGAUUCUUAUUGUUGGAGGUGGCGCAGUCGGCGUACAAAUGGCCACUGACCUCAAAGAGUACUACCCAGACAAGGAAGUGACAGUUAUCCAGUCGCGGCCUCGUGUCAUGCCGAACUUCCACCAUGGACUACAUGAAAUUAUUCAGAAGCGAUUUGACGAAUUGGGAAUCCGACUCAUCACUGGAUCUCGCGUGAAAAUCCCCCCAGGCGGUUUCCCCAAUGACGAAAGUACCUUCGACGUGCAGCUGACAAACGGCACGACGGAAUCAACCGAGUUUGUGAUUCUGGCAACGGGUCAAACCCCUAACAACCAGCUGGUUGCGGAUUUGGAGCCCUCGACUGCCGACGGUCUCUCUGUGAUCAACCCGGAUAAUGGAUUCAUUCGAGUUCGGCCAACAAUGCAAUUCCUUGACGAUAAAUUCUCAAACAUGUUCGCAGUUGGGGACAUUGCCGAUACCGGAGCACAAAAGGCAGCACGGCCCGGCGCAGCCCAAGCUGCCGUGGUCGCAAAGAAUAUUCAGUCAUUGAUAGAGGGCCAGAAUCCAGAAGAGACAUUUAUCAAGGGACCUGGUGCUAUCCACAUUACCCUGGGUAUGAAAUACAACAUGAUAUUCCGCAAUCCAAACAUCGCAGAGGGCCAAACCGAGCCUUGGAUCAACGAGAAGAAUGAUGGCCAAGAAGAUAUGAAUGUGGAGGGCAUGUGGCAACGGAUGGGAAUUUCGGUUGACAGCCCGCGUCAAUAUCACCUCUAG